UUGUGAAGACUGUUUGUCAAAUGAACUGUUUAUCAGUACUAGAAUUUUGCCUUUGAAAAAUUAUAAUUUCUCUCAGUGCAGUACCGUGACCCUGAAAACCUCUCGUAAGGGGAUUUGGAAGUGUCAUCGCUUGACGAUGAACAAUGGGUAUUAAUGUGUGGUGGACCAUGAACUCCUCUGAAUAGCUAUCAACCAACUUUGAAACAUCACUUUUGUUCUGUUUUGAAAAAAUUCGGGUAAGUGAAUUUACUGUUAUAUCAUUAUGUGCACACACAUAUUACAGUGUGUUAUAGUUUGGUAAAGUUUCAUUUUGUUCCAUUUGCUGGAAGGCAAGGCUGUGUUUCCCUUUUUAUAGAAGGGACUUGGUAGCAGAGCAUGUUUCGCUUUCGGCUGUGGAAUGAGGAAGAGGCAAGUCCAAAAUAGUGCAGCGUCUCUACCCAAAUGACAGAUGGUGGGAAGAAAGCUCUCUGUUGGGGAUACUUUCAUGUGAGUGAUAACCUUCAGUACCGUUACAGUACCACAUUUCUUUGCAGUUAAAGUUCCUUAGGUUGAUUUAACGUGUUUGUACAUGUGUUAAAUGAGGGUGGAUGUAACAUUUGAAUCAGAAACAAAAAAGCCAUGGUGUUAGUGAGGACAAUGAUCCCAUGGUAUUUAAUGACAAUUAUGAUUAAUUUGUGGUGACUAGCAGUGCCAUGAUGAUAUAUGGGUGUUUGCUGUGCCAGGUUAUGAUGCUGGAAGCAGCAUAAGAACACGCUGAAUGACCCUGAAUAUACGCACUCACAUGCAAAAAGCAUGUUUGCUCAGGAGCUUCUGCUGAAACGACGGGCAGAGAUCUUGCAUGCGCUCUGCAGCAGUGGGUCAGCUGAACAUCUGGAACAGGUUCUGGACAUACUGCUGGGCCAGGGGGAGCUCAUGUGGGAGGACUACCAGAACAUACAAGUACCGGGUAGGGCGCUGUACAGCAAUGCCAGACAGUUGCUCGACCUGGUUUACACAAAGGGUGUUGAUGCUUGUGAAAGCUUCCUUGCUGCUCUCAAACAAGUCCUACCUGAAGAGCAGACAGCUGGUCUCUUAUUUUCAGAAUGCUAUUUAAAACUAGAAGAAAAAGAUAAAUAUCAAAACACAUCUGCUCAGACUCUUCUGACUCAAAGACCCAGCCUGGUCAGCAAGCUACAAGACUGUAUUGAUGACGCUCUAGAAGCUCUUGUGAUAUCAGGGCACUUCACCUCAGCAGACUGCAAUGAGGUGCGCCUACCUAUACACACCCCCUCUCAGCAGGCAAGGCGUUUGCUCGACCAUGUUGGAUCAAAAGGGGAAUCAGCAGCAAAGGCUGUGCUGCAGUACAUUCAGCAAAAACAGGAACCUGGAUCCCCAGUGGACCAGGACAAACUGACUCUUUCCAAAGAAUUCAUAAAAUAUCAGAAGAAGCUCAGCAGUUCUGUAUGUGCCCAGUCCUGCUUUCUCAGUACUUAUGGAGGGACCAGCCACAUGUCUUUGGAUGACAUCUACACUGAAGGCGAACUGGAGCUACCUCAUGAUUGUACUAUUGCCCAUGGACCUUUAGGCCUGGAGGACAUAGUUGGUAUGGCUGGUACAGUGAAUGAGGAGGCUGACACUGUGCUAGUGUCUGGGGAGGCGGGCAGUGGGAAGAGCACCUUACUCCAGAGGCUGCACUUACUUUGGGCCACGGGGGCAGUGUUUCAGGAUUUUCUCCUUCUGUUUCCAUUCAGCUGUCGCAUUUUGAACUCAGAGCACAGGGAGCUGUCUGUCCAGGAUUUACUGUUUCAGCACUGCUGCUGGCCAGACAGGGAGCAGGAGGAGAUAUUCCAGUUCAUCCUGGACCACCCACAUCUCAUCCUCUUUACUUUUGAUGGCCUGGAUGAGCUCAAACAGAGCUUUUCAGAUGAGCACAGGCUCUGCUGCCCCACCCAGCGUGCACCUGUUGACAUAUUAUUGUUCAACUUAAUCCAGGGUUCACUAAUGAAGGGAGUGCGGAAAGUAAUAACUAGUCGCCCAGAGGUGGUGAGCCCUGUAUUAAAGAAAUACCUUCGCAAAGAGGUCCUCCUGAAAGGCUUUUCCCCAAGUGGGAUUGACUGUUUUGUCAGGAAGCAUCAUAGUGACCCUGCUGUGGCUACUAAGGUUUUGGAGUCCCUACAGACAAACACUGCUUUACUUGGACUUUGUCAUAGUCCAGUCCUCUGCUGGAUUGUUUCACACUGCCAUAAGGAGCUGCUAGACUGUGGAGAGGGCAGCCCACGAACAAUCACAGAUGUGUACCUGAUGAUCUUACAACACUUUUGCCAGCACCAAAGUUCCCUGAAGAGCAACAUGAGGUCAAGUUGGCUUCAGGAGCACCUAAAAACAAUCUUGUGUCUUGGGCAGCUUGCUUUUGAGGGGAUGGGAACCACUUGUUACAUAUUCUCCAGUACAGACCUGGAGACAUGUGGUGUAACCGAAAAGGAUAUCAGCAUGGGCUUUCUCAUUCAAAGCAAAGACAUGUCCUCCACACACAGUAAACACUAUGAGUUCCUUCAUCUGACUAUGCAGUGUUUUUUUGCUGCUCUAUACAUUGUUUUGUCAAAUGACACUGAUCGUUCAACUAUCCCUAAGCUCUUUGAGCUGAGAGACAUGAAGGAGACAGGUCUGAGCAUCCCGUGCUUUGAGGCCUGCUUGCCUGCCACUCACCAACAAGAAAGGGGUGUUACAGCAGCUGAAACACCAAAUCUACAAAUCACAGCCACCUUUGUGUCAGGACUACUGUCAAAGCACCACCAAAGCCUAUGGCUCAACUGCUGCCCCACUCCUAUGAUGGAUAAGAAGGUCAAACAAGUGGUGAAAUGUCUCUCCAAAGGCAUGCAGAAACACUUCAGAUCUAUCCCUCAACCUGUAGAAGGGGAGAAGAAGAGCAUGCAUGCAAUGCCAGGCUUCGUCUGGCUUAUCAAAUGCAUCUAUGAGAUGCAAGAGAACAGGAUUGCUAAAGAUGCCAUGAGUAAGGUGGAGGUGGACCACCUGAAACUAACCUACUGUGACAUUGGUCCUGUAGAGUGCACUGCACUUGCUUAUGUGCUCCAGCAUUUAAGAAAUCCUGUAGGCCUCCAGCUGGACAACAACUCUGUAGGUGAUGUUGGAGUGGAGCAGCUUCUUCCCUGCAUGCACAUCUGUAAUUCCCUAUACCUCAGGAAUAAUAACAUUACGGAUGAGGGGAUCCGCAAACUAAUUGCCAAAGUUAUACAGUGUGAAAACUUUCAGAAAAUUGCGCUCUUCAACAACAAGUUAACAGAUGCUUGCACACAGCACUUUUCUCAUCUUCUGAAGACCAAGCAGGAUUUCCUCUCUCUAAGACUGGGCAACAAUAAUAUAACUGCGGAAGGAGCAAAACAGCUGGCUGAGGGACUGAAAUUCAACCAUUCUCUGCAGUAUUUAGGGCUUUGGGGCAAUGCGAUAGGUGAUGAAGGAGCAGAGGCUCUUGCCAGUGCCCUAGAGAGCAGCAAAUCCCUGGUUUGGCUUAGCAUGGUAGGCAAUGGUGUAGGGAACGCUGGCGCAUGUGCCCUCGCCAACAUUAUCAAAAACAGUACGUCACUGGAAGACCUUUGGUUGACAGAGAACUACAUAACCAGAACUGGGGUGGAACAUCUGAUUCAAGCCCUAGAACAUAACACUCAUGUGAAAUCAAUAUGGUUGAGAAAUAAUCACCUCAGUUUGGAGGAAGUAGAGGAGAUGACACAACGUGAAUCAAGACUGAUCUUCUGAUUUGCAUUACAUUGGUUGAGGACUGUUUAUUGCUUCAAGAACUGUUUGUAUUUAUUACAGAAAAUAUUUAAUAUUAACAUGUGAAAUGUAAAAUGUGUUUGUUUUCUGUUUAGAGGGUCAAAAGAAUAAACUAAGAAUCUACUACACAA